GAUCUCUCGGAAUAUAAGAGCGUGGGAGUGUCGCGCGCAGUCGCUGCUGGUUUUUAAAGCAACUUCACAUAAAACACUGAAGUGAGCAAAGGGAGAAAAUGGAGAAAGACAACCUUUCCCUGGUCUUGCACAGUAAAGGCGAUCUCAGGCUGGAACAACGUCCCAUACCAGAGCCUGGAGCUGAUGAGGUUUUACUUCAGAUGCACUCGGUGGGGAUCUGCGGCUCUGAUGUGCACUACUGGCAGAAUGGACGGAUUGGGGACUAUAUUGUUCAGAAGCCGAUGGUCCUGGGUCAUGAGGCAGCAGGGCGAGUGGUCAAAGUGGGAUCUGCAGUCACUCACCUCAAACCAGGUGACAGGGUGGCUAUUGAACCUGGAGUCCCCCGAGAAAUGGAUGAGUUUUUCAAAUCUGGCCGCUACAAUCUAUCACCCACUAUAUUCUUCUGUGCCACACCACCUGAUGACGGGAACCUCUGCAGAUACUACAAACAUAAUGCCAACUUCUGCUACAAACUUCCUGAUAAUGUGAGUUAUGAAGAAGGGGCUCUGCUUGAGCCGCUCUCAGUGGGGAUUCACGCAUGCAGGAGAGCCGGAGUUACUCUGGGCAGCUCUGUGUUCAUCUGUGGAGCAGGACCGAUCGGCCUGGUCACUCUGUUGGUAGCUAAAUCCAUGGGAGCCUCUCAAGUGCUUAUAAGCGACCUUUCUGCUGAUAGGUUGGCCAAGGCUAAAGAGUUAGGUGCUGACUUUGUUCUUCCUGUCAAGCGAGAGGAUACACCACAGGAAAUGGCCAAACGUGUGGAUGGCAUGCUGGGGUGCAUGCCUCACAUCACCAUAGAUUGUACCGGUGUCGAGAACAGCAUCCAAACAGCAAUCUAUGCCACACACUCUGGAGGUGUAGUUGUUUUGGUCGGACUUGGUGCUGAAAUGGUCACAGUGCCUCUUGUUACCGCUGCAGUCAGAGAAGUGGACAUCCGAGGCGUGUUCCGCUACUGCAACACGUGGCCUAUCGCUAUUGCUAUGCUGGCCUCUAAGCGUGUGAAUGUAAAGCCACUGGUCACACACCGCUUUCCACUGGAGCAAGCUGUGGAGGCAUUUGAGACAACUAGACAGGGCAUUGGGAUCAAAGUCAUGCUGAAAUGUGACAAAAAUGACCAGAACCCAUAAGAAAAGGAGCUUUACUCAUUAUCCUCCCAACAAUAAAUCAAUUUAAUCUAGUCUAAUGUUUAUUUUAGAAUUACUACUGCUUAACCAGUUAAUCAAGCAUUAAUCAAGCAUUACAGUAUCUUUGGGCUGAAGUUAAGCCUACAACAUACAAACUGCAAAAGUUAAUACAGUGUAAAUUGGUUUGGUCUGUUCCCACUUGUAUUCCUUUUAUAAGAGAAUGAAUGAAACACCAGACUUAGUGUGUAUAUACACACUUGAAUGAAGGGUAUUUUGGUAGCUGUUGUAUGUUGUGAUUAUAACCACCAGGGGGUAACAGAACUCUACAUACUGGAGUAAUAAAUUAUCACAAGCAAUCA